AUGCAGUCGCAGGCCAAAGUGCCGCGGUCGUUCGUACUGCUUGCAGAGUUGGAGAAGGGCGAGAAAGGGAUUGGAGAUGGCUCAUGCUCGUACGGACUGGGCGAUGGCGAGGGGAUGGACAUGAAGAAGUGGCAGGGUACGAUCAUUGGUCCAUCACAUAGCGUACACGAGAACAGGAUAUACAAUCUCCUGCUCAUCUGUAACGAUGACUAUCCGGACGCUCCGCCAGAGGUGAGAUUCACGACGCGCAUCAACCUGCCUUGCGUCAGCCCGACAAACGGCAAGGUCGAGCCACGACUGCUCGCUUGUCUUGCGCAAUGGCGACGAGGCUUUUCAAUCGAGACUGUUCUCGUCGAAUUGAGGAGGCAAGUUGGAAGCUCGUUCAUCAGAUGCAGUCUGGCUGAAAGCGGCGCUGCGGCAGAGAGAUGGCAUCACAGAAUAACAGAAAGCUACCCCAGCCUCCAGAAGGCUCGUCGUUCUAGACAGCGCGCACUCGUCGCGCACCUGUCAGGAAAGAGCGAACAUGAUCGAGGCAAACGACCAGAGCUCUGCCCGUGCAUUCUGUAG